UCAAGAUGGCGGCGUUAAGGAAGCGAGGUGCGGGUACUUCUUCGCCUUUUCAAGACUCAAAGGAAGGCAUUGGUGAUUCUUCUUCAGUUGACGCAGAUUCAAAGAAGAUCACUUCCACAAGAUGGAUAUUCUUCUUCAUUUUAUUAUUUUAUGCAUGUUCUCUCUACACCGGUUUUAAAGCAACGCGCGCGGUUCCCGCGCCCAAAAAAACAGCAGAGAGCGAUGGAAGUGAAUUUGUGGAAGAAACAGCUCGGCGGCAUCUUGAAGCAAUAACAUCGUUUGGUCCACGACCUGCUGGGAGCUACGCAAACGAAGUUCAAGCAGUGAAUUUCAUCGUUGGAGUUUUACAAGAAAUUAAAGAAACUGCAAGAGAAGAUGUGAUCAUUGAAAUUGACAUCCAAAAGCCUUCUGGCAGUUUCGAUCUAGGAUUCAUAGCCGGAUUUACAAGCGUUUACCGUGAAGUUACAAAUAUUUUGGUUAGAAUAACGAUGAAAAAAAAUUACCCUCCGAAAAAUACGGUUCUCGUCAACGGCCAUUUUGAUAGCGUUCCUGGGUCACCCGGUGCAAGCGACGAUGCUGUUAGUUGCGCUGUGAUGUUAGAAAUCUUGAGAUGCCUUGCCGAGACUCAGAACUUUGAUUUUGACCACGGUGUUGUGUUCAAUUUUAAUGGAGCAGAGGAGAAUGUAUUGCAAGCAAGCCACGGAUUUAUCACGCAACACAAAUGGGUUGAUACAAUCAGAGCUUUUGUGAAUCUGGAGGCAGCAGGAGCAGGUACAAUGUUAAAGGGGGGUAUAAGGAGGUGAAAAAAAAUUCGGCAAAAUAGACGGAGUGGGCAUAGUGCGGAAGUGAGGAGGAGAUAAGCUAAAUUUAGAGGAGGCACUUCUCCUGCCAGUUAUCCUCUCUGCAACUCACUAUGUGCGCUUUCGGUGCACGAGAAGAGGGCGGAAAUUUCUUAUGCUCUGAUGCCUUUAAAUCUUGAGACCCAUGGUGCAUACAAGACAGGAAGAGAUUCGGGACGAAUUAUAGAGAAAGCACUUCGUAUGGUGCACACAAGAAAAGAAGAGAUACAUGUUGGGGAGAGAUCACUUUCUAUGCUACACUGUCUCCCUUAUAAUACCCUGGAAGCCCCCGGAUAGUCCAGGCACCCAACCUCCAUUUAGCAGUGCAGUUGUUAACAGGUCUUUUUUGGGGGAAGGAGGUCUUGCUUCUCUCCCUGGAGUUAUCUUUUCGGUUCUAGAUUUUUGUCCCCUUUUGAUCAUCCUGUCACCUUGGAACCAGGCUUUCCCACUAUACACGCUCAGUGUUACAUAAUACAUCACUAACCUGCAGUGAAGGCUGCUUUGUUUUUUACAACACUUCCUUUUUAUGUAGCCUUUACGAAAGCAACAUUAAUUUUGGUACAUGUAUCUAUUAAUCUUAACUGUUCGGUUGUUACUCAAUCAAAAGGUGGACGGGAAAUAGUUUUCCAGGCAGGGCCUGAUCACCUCUGGUUGAUAAAAACAUAUGCUGAAGUGGCACCUCAUCCAUGUGCACAAGCUCUGGGUCAAGAUUUGUUUCAGAGUGGAAUAAUUCCUAGUGAUACUGACUUUAGGAUCUACAGGGACUUUGGACAAAUACCUGGCAAGUAUAAAAAAAAAAUAGUUGAUCUUUAAACAAUGGAUCUCUACCAUAGUUUCCUUGGCAACAGUUCAGUCUGGAGUCACGCAAUGCUCCCUAUCCUAUGGGAGCAGGAAGAUUGCGUGACUCUGGCCCCUGUGGCUGCGAAGGAGACUUUCUCUAUCCCUGAAAGAAAGAGAUUGAAAAAGCAUAAGCCUCAAGUUGACUUUUUAAAAAAAACCUACACAAUGUACCUUUUAGCUUGAUAUGAGUGCAUGAUUUUACAGUUUUGCAAAAAAAAAAAAGGCUUGUUAGAGAUUAGAGAAGACAACAGAUCCUUUGUAUUUUACUUGAAGUUUUUUAGCUUAUAUUUUCAUGAAGUAACAUUAAAUUUUUUCUUGUUUGAAUGACUAGGAGUGGACCUUGCUUACACUGCAAAUGGUCACGUUUACCACACAAAUUAUGACACUCCUGCUGCAGUCACACCUGGCUCCAUUCAGCGUGCUGGGGAUAACAUUCUAGCACUUAUAAAAGGCAUUGUUAACUCGCCGUAUCUGGCUGAUCCUGGAGAGUAUCGUCAUGGUGCAGUGGUGUUCUUUGACUUUCUUGGCAUCAUCAUGGUGCAUUAUCCUGAGAGAAUUAGCCUUGUGAUAAAUGUUUUAACUGCUUUUGUGGUAGUUCUUUGUCUGAUCAGAAAGUUCCUGGGAUUUCCUGGAAAGAAAGAUGUAAAGAAGGGUAAGAAGAUGUUUAGUACAGUGUACAUGUGUGAGCACUAUCACUUUCUGUUAAAUUCAGAAAACUGCCAGAAAUACAAUGUAUCUCUGGAAUUGUUAUUACUGUAUGUUGCAAACCCAAUCAAAGCCUUGUGGGAGAUAUUGAAGGAAUUCUGCAGUCAAGCCAAAUUGUUUUGUCUCUAUACUAGAGACCACAGCAGCUGGAGGAAACUUUGUGUCACCUACUACUUGGCAGAUGACUUAAGUUGUGAUGACGAUGGCAACGAUAAUGUAUAAGAUGGCCUGUUAAUAAUCGUUGAUUGUUGUAUAUUUUUCAGGUCAAAUAGCUCAACAGUCAUCUUUGUCUUCUCUUCUCUUUUCAAUGUUGGUUUUACUGUUGUCGUGGCUGGUUGGCAUAGCAACACCUGUUGUCUUAUCCUUAUUACUUACAUAUGCUGGGCAAUCAAUGACGUGGUAUUGCCAUCCUUACCUUCUUUUGCCACUAUAUGCUGCUCCCUCUCUGCUCGGCAUUGGUUUAGUCCACGUUGCAGCUAGGAGAAGACUUCUGACAAAGGUGUGAGUCUUACAGUAUAUAUGUAUAUUCAUAAAUAGGAAAUUAUUUCCAGGUAGCAUUCAUCAUAUCCUUCUUGAACAAAAGCAGCUUAAAGCAAAAAAAAAAUAGAAAAAGAUCCUUAUAAGGACACUUUGAUACAGGCAUGAACAAAAUCUGGAUUGGACUGGACUGGAUCAACCAACAGAAGGUUAGGGGUAAGGGUUUGUAUGAGGGUUGAUCCAAUCUAGUCCAAUCUAGGUCUUUGUCUAUGGUCCUUAUAUGGACACUGUAGCCUGUUCCAGGCGUUCAGAUGGUGGGGAGUGAGUUAAAUUGUGCACGGCGAGAGCAAAAGGAAAACGAGGGCAGACUAGGGUGAGAGUGAGGGAAGGCGGCCUAUGAACAUUCUAAACAAAGGGUCAUUCCGUUAUACUGUAUUCCAGUAUACCCUCUUAUUGGUCGAUUAUGACACCUUCUGUUAACAUUUGAGUGCUGGUAAUGUUACCUUCCCUUUUUUGCCCUGGUUUCCCUGUAUUUUUCCCCUCAUCAAUUUUUGCACCCUUGCCAUACUAUCUGAACACCUGGAACAGUUCCCUUACUAUUAAAGUACCUGUUUACAUGGAGGUUGGGGAGCCCAGGUAAGUGAGGUCAGGUGGGGUAACCCGCCUGCCCAUAUAAGCUUUCAUUUUCAUUUCAUCGCGUUUACGUGAUAGGUGGGGUGACCCACUGUGGAUUACCUCACCUACCUGAGCUGGGGUCCCCCACCUCCAUGUACAGAGGUUCUAAUAAUCUUUCUGUGACAUGUGCUGUUUUAAUAGAAAUUGGCUCUUUGUAGUGAAACCAUUAAUUUGUUGAGAUCAUUUUAUUUUUUAAAAAAUUUUUAGAGUAAAGCUGAAUAUGAGAAAGAAAAACCAGCGACAGUCUCCUGGGAUGAAAGAAAAUCCAGCUGCCUUUCAGCAAGGGAAACAGAAGUGUUUUAUGCAGUGCUUCUACUGUGGACAAUAAUCCUGUUAGUGAUGUCCUUCUAUCGUUUGGCCUCGGCUUACAUACUAUUAAUUCUAGUGAUCUUUCCAUUGAUAGUACGGGUUCUAAUUUUCGACAACUUCAUUGCAGCGAAAAUAGCCAAUCAGAACUUCAUAGAAAAAUCUGUACUAAUUAACAUAAUAGCUUCACUAAUACCUGUGAAAUUUUGUGCUUACUUAUUAAUCUGUGGGUUUGAUGUCCUUUUGCCAAUCAUGAGCCGUUCAGGGACUGACACGCCACCAGAUUUGUUCAUUGCUGUUCUGUGUGCUUCUGCAGUUGUCACAUUGACUUCGUAUAUGGUGAGUAUUUAUCUAGUAAAAUCCAACUAGCUGGUCAAAAAUAUCGAGACAAAACAACUUUAGCUGGUUAAAGCUAGACUUAAUGAAUCAUUUUUUUGCCACCAAAAAGCCAGCACUUUCGCUACUCGUGGGGUAUAACAUAUAGCCUAGUAGUAGCUCAACCAAUCAGAAUGCAGCAUUGAUAAUAGACCACUAGUUGGAUUUUACUCAUUUGGAUUAGUUAGUGCCAAAGGCACAAGCUUUGAGGGCGCAAGAGGCAUGCUCCCUGAUAAAACUUUAAAAUUUAGAGCCUCUGAAAUGACGGCCUGAGACAAUUUUGUCAAAUUUUUAUCACCAUCCUGGUAGUUUUCUACACAAGAAAUUUUUGUUUGCUUUUUAGCACAAAGAUAAGAAUUACUUUUGUAAAAUGAAAAAAUUCAUGGUGAAUUAUUUUUGGUGGGAAUUUAGCCCACCCAAUGAUAGCUGUCAAUCUGCAGUCCCCAGAAAGUACUUUUUGAGGACCUAAUUAACUUCAGUGGCAGGCACACGUCCAAGUUUAAGAAACUUUAUUCACACAUGCACAGCUUACCUGCAAAUUGAACCCUUUAUUGUUGCAAAACCACAAAAGUUAGAACUCCAAGUCUCCCUCUUGCGACUUCAUCACUCGCUUGGCCGCUGUGUUAUUAGAAUGAUGUUGCUUUAAAUACUCUUCUUGCUCACCCCAACUGUUAUUUCCAUCCUUUUUUUUAGGUUAGCACUGUGUAUGUCAUGGGCGACCUGAAACUUCCUGCGCUAUUCCUCUUCCUUGUCUCAACACUUGCAAUUGUAAUAUCUCUUUUGGGACUUUCAUUUCCUUACUCAGCUGUCAAUCAAUGUCCUAAAAGGGUUUUCUUUCAGGUAAGCAUGCUAAGAAAAUGGUGCAAACCUCCAUACAGUGGUGUCCAGGCCUUGAGACCCAUGGGUCGUGAUUUAGUCAAGACCCUUGUGGCCCUGUUGCUUGAUCCACUUGGGUACUAUAUACACUGUUAAUUAUAGCCCAGUGUGAGAAAGGCGUCAGCAAAACUGGGAUUGGACUGGACUGGAUCAACCCCUGUAACUCACUAAAUGACAAAAGGUAAGGGAUAGAGUUGCUGGGAAUGAACAGAUGCAGUCCAAUCCAGGUUUUGCCAACGGCCAUGUGAGAAUAACAUUCUUUGCCCCAGGUAUAGUAAAAUGUAUGGAACAGGAUCCUGCAAUUUAUUAAAAAUGGCUGGUUCCGUAAGCAGGCAAGAUCAGUCGAAUCCCUUAAUAAUCUUUUUGGCUCCUGGAGUGGGCAAGAUAGGCUGGUUUUGUGUGCUUGGGAUUUCCGUCUUUGUCCUGCUAGGAAAGAUUUUGUUUUGUCUUGAAAUCACAAGUCUGCCUCGCUAUUAUUUUAUUGUUAAAAAGGUUUAAUAAGUUAAUUCAACGCUACUUUCUUCUAUAAUGGCCUUACAACCGUAACUUUGCUUUUGCCAUAGCAUACAUCAAGAGAAUUUUACAACAAUGAGGGGGAUACUGUUCUGCAAGACUCAGGUGUAUGGACCACUCCUCUAGAUUAUUUAGGAAUCAAGCCAUUUUCUGAUGUACCCAUGUUUAGAAAUGCCUCACUGGCACCACAGUAUGGAGUCUAUGGAGGCUUUCCUUAUUACUUACCUUUGAGGCAGUUAAUGAGGUAUGUUUCUUUGUGAUAGUGACGUAUUACCCACCAGCGUUCAAAUGUCAGGGGUCUUGAAAACAAAGACCCCUAAUACCCCUAACAAAGACCGCUAAGUCCUUCUAAAAACCCUCAACAAAUGGCUCUGAACUUCAUUGAUUAGUAUAAGGUUAGGAAACUGAGUGAAUCAGGUUCCAUUUAUUAAAAGUCAUUAUACUGGACAAACUGACCUGAAAGUUGAUUAACUCAGUUUCCUAACCCUAAUCAAUAAAGUUCAGAGUCAUUCGGUGGGGGUUCUUAAGGAGUCUUAGCGCUCUUUGUUUUCAAGACACCCUUCAAAUUAAUGUCUGUUUAAAACUUCACAUAGAGCGACCCUGCUUUCUUACAAAUGUAAUUGAAACGUAUAAUUUUGUUGAUCACAAUAUUGUGAAUCUUUCUUGAGAUGAUCAAUUCCCAGGUACUGCAUCCAAGUUCAAAGAGAGACAUAUUAAUAUACAGUAUACAUGUAGUGUUGGUGUGCGUGUUUCAUACACUCAUUAACCUAUCGUUUGAUGUCUUUUAAUGACAUCUCUGCUGCUGUUAUAACCUGGGAGCAAGCUCUCUUUCAGCUAUCCCUUUGCUUGACUAAGGAGGCUGGGAAUAGAGCGGAGAGAAAGCUUGCUCCCAGUCAAUUGCCAUGAUCAUUACUUCUAAGCAAAAUAGAAAUUUCCCACAUUCUGCUCCAGUGAGCUCUUAAUUGAGCCUGAGAAAACAGCCGACAUUCUGUGAAGCCAUCACUGGUUUCGUUGCGAAAUGAUGUCUGAGGAAUGAGUUUAGAAAUUCCAUACUGAUGAUUUGUCAUUACCUAGAUCUGGGUAGCAUAUAUAAAUAUAACUGUUUGAGUUGGUACCCUUGUUCACAAGAAUGUGCCAGCAGUCUCUUUCAUGGUUUUUUUUUCUUCACAUUUUUAUUUGUUGCAUUCUUUUAUUAAAAUAACUGAAAUAAAGCUUUAAAACUUAACUUGGCCUUUCCUUCUCCAUAGAAACUCUUGGUAUAUUCCUGGCCCUCCACCAAAAGUCACAACAUCACAACUAGCAGUAACACUUUUAGCAAGAGAACGGCAUGAUAAAAUAUACAGCUUUAAAUUCUCAAUAUCAGGUCUGUAAAUCAUGGUAGUAAAUAUCUCAAGUUUGUUGGUUUUAAACCAUAAAGCUCUAGUCUCAACUUUGAUUGUUUCUGAUUAAUUUAAAUUUUAAACUAACUUUUUAAUAAUCUAACACUUACAAAUUUAAGUUAAGUUGUAACAAUGUAAACAUGCAACAUAAAGGAUAUUCUGCUGUCUUCAAAGAUGGCAACCACAGUUUCGCUAACUUCACUUCCUUGUAACCUUGGAUGUAGUGAAGUCGUCAAAAUAUCUAAUAAACUUCUCAUUAACUGUCUUUGGACCAUGUGGUGUAUAUUCAUCUCCAACAAAAUACAAAACAAUAAUUGAUUGGACUCAUCAUGAUUUAUUAAAUAACUUCUUUUGUUUAUUUCAAAAUAGGUCCUGAUCACAUGACUGUGUAUCUGUCUCCCUCGAGUGGUGUGAAUUUGCUGUCUUCAUCUCUAGGAACUCUUUAUCCCAUUGAAGAUGAAAAUGGGGGAGACCGAGUUACGUACUUCAUUUACUACUCUCACGGAACUGAUGUUGGACCAUGGGAGUUCUCUCUUGAGUUGAUAGUAUGUCUGUUACUGUGGUUACACUUAUGACACAAGGAUAUGAACAAGCAAAAUAUCCAGAUACAGUGGCAUGUUGAUCAUUGGCCUGAGGGUGUUAGUCUGGGAAGGGAAGUGGGGAGGGGAAAAGGAUGGCAGUCCACCGCUCAGCUUGCUUUGCUCGCCGAUUUUUUAAUGCUGUAGGUUUCACUACAUUUUUUGCUAUUUUUUCCCCACAGGGGAGUUUGGUCCCAGGCUAGUUGAUCACUAGUGCCCAUUGUCCUGACAAAGAUGCAAAGAUGCUGCUUGCAUUUGCAUAGGUUUAAUUAAGGCUAAAAUAAGUAAAAAUUUUACAUGGAUGAAACUCAAGAUUAUUUUUCUCAUACUAUCCUGCCAUUGCAGCAGAUUGAACUAUGUUUUGGACCCAGGGAUUGUCCUUUACUUCUAAUUAAAAAUUAACCCAUUUUGCUACUUUCAUUCAGGUUGAAAAUGGAAAACAGAACCAAAAAUCACCCUCAUUUCAUGCCCCUUAAAAUUUUACCUGGCACUUUGAAAUCUUAGUGGCAGCCCUGUAUUACUACAAUGGUGACAGACCGGGAGACCGGGUGUACACCUCUAUAAAAGUGACGGGAGUGCUCAUCAGAAAAUUUUGAGAACACCAAAAAAGUGCACCAGAAUCUUGCUUUAUGGGCGUGUCCCAAAUUCAUUCCCACCCCUACGAGGUACCAAUUCAACAAUAAUAUAUAACUGUCACUGCAAAUUUUAAUAGAAAUAAAGAUAACUUUUGAAACACUUUCUUCUCAAGGCCUUUUUGAAAGUAUUGUCAAAAAUGUUUAUCCUAAUCUGUCAUUUUAGGUUUUAGCACCCUAAGCAGUACCAAUCCACAAAUUUAAACUCCUCCAAGGUACGACAAGCACCCGCGUCACUUCUAUAGGGGAGUACACAUAGCAGUUUUCACAGGAUACAAAAUCUGCCAAAGUUAUUUGCUACCAACAGGAGCACAAUAUUUAUUUUAUGUAUUUAUUUUUCAGACAGAACAAGAACUGCCUGCUAAAAGCAGCCUGAUGGAUUUUGCAGUUGCUGCUCAAUACAUUCAUGGCAAAGACUCAUCUUCACCAGUUCUCAGGGAAGUCAAGAAGGCUAUCCCUGACUGGAUUUUUGCUAACACUUGGGUAGUCACAUACAAGAGCUGGUCUUUCACUUUGUAAACAUUGUCACAGUCUCUAAAUAAAGGGCAUAAUUUGGCCUUACUUAUGCUUUAGAUUCCAAGUGUUAAGAGGUCUUGAUCUCCUUACACUUUUGACGCAACAAAUACAAAACUGUAGGAU